CAAAAAUAUCGUUAUCUUUUUUGGUGUGUGUUUGAGCAGGGUGUGUGUUUGUGUGUGUGGCUAUCUCCCCCCUUUCAUCUCCUCCCCUGCUUCAACCCUAACCUUUUAUGGGGUUUACAUUUACAUAUAAUACUUACAUAUAUUGUUUUCUGACUGAAUGACCUCCUCAUGCCUUUAUUAGAUAUUGCUACAUCACAAUAUAUGUUCAGGACCAACAAAAACAACAAUAAACUGAAUUCUUUUAAAAAAGACCAUCAUGUUUCAUUUUUAUCCGGGGAUUCAAAAACAAAAACAACCACCAUCAACAGAUGGAUAUAUUUGCAUAACAAUAAUAUUCCGACAAGUAGUAGUUUUCAUAUGAAUCUUGGCUGUCGUCUUAUGAUUAAGGCGGUUGCUACACUUGAACCUAUAUGUAGUAAUAGUAAUAGUAAUACUAGUGCUCAACUCCAAGAACAACAACAGGAUAAUGUUAAUGUUAAUAAUAAUAACAAUUCUGUUGGGAGUUUGUUACCGGCCGCUGCUCCUGCUGACGAAAAACCGGUUCAGGAUGAGAAGGAGUUGUUGAGACGAAACCGCAUUUCUAAAGCUAAUAAAGGGAGAGGGGCUUGGAAUAAAGGGAUAAAGCAUAGUCCAGAAACUAGACAGAAGAUACGGGAGAGAACAAAGCUUGCCAUGAGUAAUCCACAGGUCAAGAUGAAACUGAUGAAGGGAAUUCAUAAUCAAACUCGUGAGACAAGGGCAAAGAUUGCGGCUGCAGUGCGGGAAACAUGGGAUAGACGGCGUUUCACCCGUAGGAUGAUAGCACGUUGUCAUCGGGAAUGGCUUGACUUAAUUGCAGAAGCUUCUAGAAAAGGGCUUUCUGGUGAGGAAGAGUUGCAAUGGGAUUCCUAUGAGAUACUUAGUAAGCAGCAUGGCAAGGAAUUUCGAGAGGGUAUUGAAUCACGAAAGAAGAGGCCCAACCCAGGGGUACGAGCCCCAAAGAGCCUUGAGCAAAGAAAGAAAAUCUCAGAAGCCAUUGCAGCCAAAUGGGCUGACCCUGCAUACCGUGAUCGGGUUUAUAGUGGCAUAGCUAAACAUCGUGGCAAAGAUCCUGAUACUAGAGAUCCAGAAUGGGGAACGAAGAAGAAAGUACCAAAAAAAGUCAAACCUGUGAAGAACAGGGAAGGCACGAUUGAUACCAGGAUCAGAAGUUAUCGACCUAAGGUCAAGACAAGUAGUGGUCCUGUACACAAGGAACCACAACCUAGAUUCAAGGAUCCACAAGCUAGAUACAAGUUAGAGAUGAUAAAAAGUAUCAGAGCACAAAGAGCAGCUUCAGACCCCAAAAUAAGUGAAGCAAUAUUAAGAGCCAAUAUUUUGAUUGGUGAAGCGCAAAGAGCUGCAGAAGCAUUAGAGGCAGCUGCAGCAAAGAGUCCAAUGGCCGAAGCUUCUUUAGUUGAAACGAGAAAGUUGAUAGCUGAAGCAAUUAGCUACAUCAAGUCCAUAGAGACUGGCAAUAGCGGAUGUAUACAGGAUAGUCUUGAAAAGGAGGAGAUAGUGGAAGAUGUAAAGGAAUUGGAAGAAAAAGAAGUCAAUGGAGUGGCGACUCUGGGAUUAAAGGAUGCUGAAAUUGCGAAGUUUAGUGAGCUCGGUUUGGAGACGAAUGGCAUACAGCAUGCUGGUCUAUCAACAUCGUUGUCAUCAACAACCACAACAUCAUCAGUGUCAUCAUCAUCAUGGAGUGAUUUGAGAUUGCAGACGAAGGAAGUGAAAACAGACAUUGAUAAACAUGACAGGGGUGGCAAAGGUAGAAGAUGGGUUUGUGGAAGACUGGUUGAAGACGAAGAUGAGGAGGAUCAGUAGAUGUAGUCCUAGUAGUGGUAGUAACCGUUGUUUGUCCAAGUAUAAAGUAAACUAGACAAAAAGCAUGUGAUAACAGAUGCUGCAUGUUUUUCCUUUUUGAUCUAUGCCUAUGACAAACUAUCUUUAUUGUA